AUUGGGUCGCCCGUAGAUCACAAGUUCUUGGGCGUGAAUUUCACAAGGCCCGACCCUGGCUCCGCCUCAGUGCGCAGUCGCCGACAGCGACCGUACCGGAAAAUAAUUCAAACCGCGAAAGUCGUUACUAACUCGUGAACCGGAGGACGGGAGGACCGCUCGAGCCUGAAACGACGAACGGCUCACUUCUCGAAGGAUAUUUGGUGCCUUGCCUGCGACGGAGGAAAGAAGGGCUUCUCUGUACUGCGGCUGACAAUGGAGACAAGAAAUCGGACCGCAGUCACGGUGAACCAUGCGAAUCAGGAGAACAUUAAAAGUGCGAAGCCCUCGGUGGCUGUUGUGCCGGCAAAAGGCAAAAGAACGGCGCUAGGUGAGAUAAGUAAUAAAGUUAACACAACAAGGGGCGUCGAACCAAUCGACAGGAUUAGUUUAUUACAAAGGAAGAAAGUGACAAUACCGAAGCGGCCAGCUGUAAAACCAGCACCAAAUCUAGUAGCAAAUCCAGCAGCAAAGCCAGCUGUGAAACCAGCUGCAAAACCAGUUGAGAAGCCACUAGUGCAAAUUGUAAAACCAGUUGUGAAAACAUCUACCAAUGUAAAUAAUGCUCCUAGCGCAGGUGUAGUUGAUCUUGUUAGUGAAAAGAGAGAGAAGAGGGAAGCUUUUUCAACGGAUCUAUUAAAGUUUGAAGACAUUGACGAGCAAGAUAAAAAAAAUCCCAUUUUAGUUUCUCUUUAUACCAACGACAUACAUGAUUACUUGAGAACAUUAGAGAAAAAGUUCCCCAUUAAGAAAGGGUAUCUAACGGGUCAGGAGGUCACACCUAAGAUGAGAUGUGUGUUGGUAGAUUGGUUGGUAGAAGUACAUCAACAGUUUCAUUUGAUGCAAGAGACAUUGUACCUCUCCAUUGCAAUUAUCGAUCGCUUUUUACAAGUUUUCCGUACCAUAGAUAGGAAGAAAUUGCAGCUGGUAGGCGUAACGGCCAUGUUUAUUGCUAGCAAGUAUGAAGAAAUGUAUUCGCCGGAUAUAAGUGAUUUCGUGUACAUCACAGACAAGGCGUACUCAAAGGAAGAUAUAUUGAACAUGGAAAUGCUUAUUGUAAAAAACUUGGAUUAUUCGUUCGGACGACCAUUACCAUUGCAUUUCCUGCGAAGAUACAGCAAAGCUGGAAAGGCGCUCCCUAUUCAUCACACAAUGGCAAAGUAUUUCCUCGAGCAAAGCUUGGUUCACUAUGAAAUGUGUCAUUAUCCACCUAGCCUAAUCGCAGCAGCAGCGAUUUAUUUAGCAUUUUUAAUUAUUGGUAAUGAUGAAGAGGACGAAGGCAAGGUUAUCUGGACAGAUACUCUAGCACACUACAGCACUUAUUCCAAGGACGAUGUGUUACCUGCAGUAUAUGAUAUAGCUACCAUCAUAGUUGAUGCGGAAAACAGUAAAUAUCAAGCCGUGAGAAAGAAGUACGUCCAUGUAAAAUACAUGAAAAUUAGUAUUCGACCAGAGCUUAAGUCGCCAAUUAUGCUUGCUAUUGCUGCAAGAAACAACGAGUCAUAAAGUUGUAAUAAACAAUCGAAUUUGUGAGCAAAUCUUGAUUUUGAGAGAUCUUUUCAAUAAGGUGUUUGUUUGCAUCGCAUUAAAUGUCCUAUCGAUCAUGGACAUUAUGAUUCAUGAAGGAGAGCAAUCGCGUCUUUAAAAAAAAAAUUAAAGAUGAAGUUAAAGGUUUAUCAAAAUAAUGAAUCUUGUACGCGCUAGACAUUUAAUGCACAAAUUUCUUAUUGAAAAGUCUAUUCUCAUUUAGUCACGUAAUGAGAACAAAAACGACAUAUAUUUAGAACUUUAUACAAACAUUUGUUAUUAUAAUGCAUGAAAAUUUAGUCAGGUAAUACUGAUGGACUUUAUUUUGGACUGCCGUAGUGAAACUAGGUAUAGCGAGAACAUAAAACGCAUCUUUUAUAAUGAAAUAUUAAAUAAAACUUUUAGUUUUUAUCCUAGCCGAUUAUAAUAAUAUUUUAAUUUUGAUAUAUAAGUCCUACACAGAUACUUUUGAUGUCACUACAUGAAAAUAUGUGAGUAGUUAAGACAUAUUUCUUUUUUUUUCUUGUGCUUUUAUAUCCAUAUUUUCUCAAAAGUAGUCUAUCUUAAUUGGUAUGGGAGAGUAUCGUUAAGUUCUUUCGAUUGCUAUUUUGAAAUGUAUAAAUUCAAUAAAAGAUGUGUGCAUGAAAGUGAAAAUUAUUUUUGGAGAAAUACCAUAUAGGAAAUUUUUAUCAAUAUGGUGAUAAAGAAAUAUUCUUUUACAUUUUAUAUUACUGUAUCCUAUAAUAUGUAUAUAUAAAAUAACUAAUAUGUAAGUAUGCGCGUGUCUGAAACAAGAUAAAAUUUUAUAUUGUUAAGCAAUCCAAAUUUUAACAUUUCCAAAUUUAGAUGUUUAAUAUAUGCAUGACUCUAUUUUAAGAUUGAAUACUAGUGGUUAAUUAUAUAUUUAGGCCUUAUUAGUUGCAAAUUUAAUUAUAGUACUAUAAUAAUAUGGAUUAAUCUACCAACUCUACACACAUAUCUUUGUAAAUAAAUAACUAAAUUACUAUA